CCGACCCACCGCCGCUAGCAGGAACUACCAGUGUCACGGUGCCCCACAGUGCCAGUGAGGGAGUUUCUGUGCGUACAUGUAAUCACAGGAGGCGGUUUGUUAUGAAUAGUUGGUGUAGGGCCUCGCGCCCUUGUGCACGCUUGUAAGACUCGGGAGCUUUCCGACACAGUGUUAGAGACCCGCCAAGUGUCACGACCUUAGUGCUCACUCUGAUUCCCUUGCCGUCUUCAGCCUCUUCGGAUUACUCGUCAUUUUCUUCGUCAGUGUUGGCUAGUAUCAAUCUGCCGCUCACAAGUGAUCGUGAUAUGUGACGCCUGAACAUAAAUAGUCAAGCGCCGCAAAAAUUGGCUACGUUUUUAGACGGCCUUGCCCCAAAAUUGUUGGGUAAGUGUGUGGUUCCCAUGCCAAGCUUCGGAGCUGCUAGGAACAUGAACAAACCUACCAUGCAAACACUCAACAACUCGGUAACAUCUGCAAGUGCUCUAAUGUGCCGAAACUCCCAGGGACGACGCCAUGCUGCUGUGACUGCCACGCGACGCUACUCCCGUGCCGCCCUCUGCAGCCCGCUCGCCGCCAGCGCCCCUCGGCUCCUCUCACCCUCUUCGCCCACAAGCUGAAGAUGGAAUGCUUGCUGCUCUCUUCCUUCCUUCCAUCUCGCUUCUCUCUGUCUCUCUGGCUCUCUUCCUCGCUGUCGAGCGCAGAUUGGGGCGCUGUCAUGGACCUGAGACCGGGACUUCCCCACGGGUAAAUCUCUCGCAGCAGCUGUUUUUUCCGUCUGAUCUCAUCUACCGUUGCCAGGACAACGCGGGAACACGGCCUCUCUUAGGGCCUUCAUGCUGCGUUUCCCGCUUCCCUCCCAGCUCAUCCGUAUUUAGAUUCUAUGAACACUAUGAAGAUGGUAGAUCUCCAAUGACUCCCACGAGCGCAAGCCUGCCUAGCCCGAGCGAGCGUCAGGCGAGCGUGUGGUAUGCCGAGUAAUUGCCUGGUAAUGCCAGGUACCUGUGUCCGAAACCUGGGACUACAAAGUGUGCGUGACGAGGGAGAGCCCCCGCGCGGGCAACACACACGGGCCUCGGGACUCUCCGCUGAAACCCCUCAUCCUCAUCAUGGCUGUGGAACGCGGUCGCGGCUCCCGACACUCGCACCAGCUCCCGCCUCACUACAUUAAGCCCUUCGGGGAGAAAGUGAAGGACUGUUGCCGCUCCACCAUUGCCUUCAUCUUUAGCAAUGUGGGCGUGUGCGGGCUUAUGGUCGGCUACACCAUCAUGGGCGCCUUCGUGUUCCAGUACAUUGAGGCGCCACAUGAGACCACGACCAUGCGGAGCGUGGACCGCAUCCGCAACCAAACCAUCCAGCAGCUCUGGAACAUCACGGUGGAGUACAACGUCCUCUACAAGAACAACUGGACGGACAGCGUCCAGCUGGUGGUCAACCACUACCAGAAGGAGAUCAUCGCCGCAGUGGGGGACGGCUGGGACGGCGCUGACACGUCCAACGGGCCGUCGCAGUGGUCCAUUGAGGGAGGCUUCCUCUAUUCCCUCACCGUCAUCACCACCAUAGGUUAUGGCCACAUCUCUCCGAACACGGACUUCGGGAAGGUGGCGACCAUCCUCUAUACUAUAUUCGGGAUGCCAGUCUUCCUGCUGUACAUGGCCAACAUGGGCGACAUCCUGGCCAAGAGUCUCAAGUGGACGUACUCCAAGCUGUGCAUGUGCCGCCGACAGGAAUCCAAGUACGACCCGACGGUGGUGUGGCGGUCGGCCGAAGCGACGCUGAGAGCGCCGGCGGGCCCGUCCAACUACCCGGACGGCCACCACCAGCACCGGGACCUGGAAUACCCGCCCGAGCUCGGCGACGAAAUAUCCAUUGACUCUGCUUCGUGGCGGUCGGUGCGCUCCGAGAAGCCCGACCUAUCUUCCGUCAACAUCCCCAUUACAGUGUCGCUCGUGAUCAUGGUGGCGCUGCUGUACGGUGGCACCAAGCUAUUCCAAGAGUAUGAAGGAUGGGAUGUUCUUACCUCCUUUUAUUUUUGUUUUAUUUCGUUAACUACUAUAGGUUUCGGAGACUACGUCCCGGGCUCCUCCGUGAGCACGGUGAGCUCGGGGAGCCGCAUGAGCUUCAUUUAUUGCUCACUCUACCUCAUGUUCGGACUUGCUUUACUCUCCAUGUGUUUUAAUCUAAUGCAGGAGGAAGUGGUGCAUAAGAUAAGCCAGUGCCUCAAAGCUAUUCGCCUCUUCAAAAGGAGAGAGUCGCACUGAUAUGACUCAUCUUUAGUCGGUUUUAGUAAACUUAUUCUACCUUUAACCCUUAUGUUCUGGGCAUGUUACUUUAUCUCCUUAUCUAAACUUCCCCCACGGUGUCUUUUUGCUGUCAUUGUAUGGGUGCCAACUAUACCGCCAUAGGGUGUUCACAGUGUAGUGUUUCAAGGUUACUUAUAAUGCGGUGUAAAGAAAAUGCUCACGUUUUUGCUUAUAUAGCAGAGAAACAUCGGUACCGCAGCACUAAUGCAAUGAAGCACGGGAGUCACGAGGGAAGCAUUGCCUCUUCUAACAGCGCCAAACAACAGGUAGUCUUCCUAAUGCAAAGUCGACCCUUAAUGAAGGCGGUCACACUGUUGUGUUGGUGCCGAGAAAAAAGUGUUUGCCACAGUUCUUUCAUAAAAUAACGUAAAUCUUUCAGAAACAAAAAGUAUGUGGACAGUGAAAAUGUUGUUAUACGGUGUGUUAUGCACCGACUUCUGGGAAAACGAACUGCCAGUGAACUUUGUAAGCUUAGAUUAAAGGUUUGGAUGAUCUAAAUCAUCGCAAAGUGUUUAUGGUUCCCUCGUUACACUGUACGUGGCGAGGCCUCCAAGGAGUGGCCAGUGUUGUGAAAUGGAAAUGGUUUGUGACAGAAAGCAAGGGUCAGAUUCUAAUGAAAUUUUCGUGAUCUGAAAGCGGAAAAAUGUAUUUCACUGCAAUUCAUCCCUAGGAACUGUUAGUGUCAUCCUUCGGUAAAAGCUCGAUGACCAGUAUAUUGUCCAUGAGCGCACAAAGUUUGACAUUUGACCUGUUGGUGUCUGGACGCAUAGAUCUGGGAUUGAGAGUGAUUGAAUCUGUCACAUUCCAGUAGAAUCUGCUCGUAAGUAUAUUCAUGCUGUUAAAUGCAGGGGAAGUUCUACCGAGGCACGGAAAUGAAACGAAAAAACACUGCCAACGCGCCUGGCCGGACGGGCCAACGCACACGCAGCAUGACAAGGCGAAUGUCCAUCACAAACCGGCCGAGCUCGGGCCGUGGAUAUGAGUAACGAGUUGCCAUGCGACAUUUGAGGCCCGGACAUGUGCGUUACGGUAUGUAAAUGAUCAUGUACUACUCGGCCAUGCGACUCAAGGAUCAAGCAUGAUUUGGCUGAAUGUCCCGCUGCUGGCCCCGUCCUGGGGUGGGCCAUCCCACGCAAGUCCUGCGGGAUGCGGAGCCGCUCCCGCUCCCUCCUCUCACGCCUUCCCUAGGCCUCUUCCGAUGCGCUCGUCUCGGCCGUCGUCUUCUUCACCUUCCGCCCUUUUGCCUCUUAUCAAGUGGAGAUCUAUCUUCCAUCUGCGUCAUGUUUCUCGCUCUUUACCCGCCCUUGUCUUUCCGACAUGCACACACACACACAUACGCACG